AUGUCUACCAAGCGAGCCCGUGACGACCAAGCCGGCGCUGGCGCCGCUCAUGAUGAUGGGCCGAGAGACACCAAAAAACCCCGACACGGCUUCCGAGUUGGCCCCGCAAACCUGCCAGACGGGCCAUGGCGACGCAAAGUAACCAAAAUCAAGCAGGACCUCAUCGCCAAGGUUAAGGUGAAGAAGCAGUACGCCAAAGUCAAGGCAGAGUUCCAGCAGAAGCAGGAAGAGAGCCAGCAGAAACAGCACGGAGCCGAGGCCGACCAAGAAGCGCCAGAAAAUGACGAUAGCAACCAGCCGCCCGCGCCAAUGCACCCCGAGCGGCUGGCCAUGCUUGACGACACGGAACCCCAGCCGGACGCAGCCGCGGACGGCGAAACCAACAAGAAAAUGACAAAGAGGAAAGGGCGAGGGGAAAAGCUGACAGGCGCAAACGCCGACAAGCCCGAUGCCGACAUGUCCAGGGCUGACAACCCCCGGAUCCAGGCCGUUGUCGAUGUUGAUCCCAAAUCGGACGAGAAGGCGGCGGCCGUAGACUACCAAGGCUGGGAAGAGAAGCGCCAGAGCCACCGCCAGCGCCGGCCGGGGUAUUUCGACAAGGAGCUUGAGGUGGCGGAGCACAAGAAGCGCGAGGCCGAGGAGCGGGCCGCCGAGAUUGCGCGGCGCGAGGCGGAGAAGCAGCGGCGGAUCGCGGACCGGGAACGGUUCCGCAAGGCUAUGGCCAAGGCGAAGGAGCCCGGCCGCGACGGGAAGCGGAAAGUCGGCCGCGAGAGCCGCAUACUGCUUGAGCGAGUCCAGAGGAUUGUGGGUGCCCCUUGA